AUGGCAUCAGACUUGGGAAUUCCAGACGGAGAGUACGAGCUAGAGCUUUCAGACUUGUUGAGAGCUCAAUUCUCCCAAGAUCAAAAUAACAGAGGCAAGAGUCCACCAAGAAAUGCAUUUAGACCAGAAUCAGUUGAUGAUACCAAACCAGUGGAACUUAUAAGAAAUGAAACUGGCACUAAGCAAGGUGUUGGAUUCAAGCUUAAAUCACAAUCUACAGAGCAUGAAUAUGGUAUAGAUUUUGAAGGUUUAGCCAAUCAACCCAAAGAUUUAGAAUGUAUAUUGGUUUAUAACCCUGUUACUAAGAGCUUUGAAUUACAACAAUUGGAUUAUCAACUAAAGACAAAUUCUUCAAGAAAUAAUAAACUUCAUCCAAAGAAGAAUAAUGAACAUUCAACACCUGUUCCAGAACAUCCAAAAUCAUCAAAUGCUGCUCCACCACCGCCACCACCUUCUUCUUCAAGUUCACAAUCUACAAAUGUCACCUCCAAUUCAGCACAAUCAGUAUCUACAUCUAAUCAACCAACAACACAACCACCUGUACAGAGGAGACGACCACCAAAAGAACCUUCAGUUUUCCAACCAAAACCUCGUGCUAAAACACCAUUAGCAAGACCAUCAUCUACUACAACAUCAUCUAAACCAAUUCAAAGAAGUCAAACACCAACAAGUGGAGUAUCUGAUGAUGAAGUUCCAUUAUCAAAAUUAACUUCACCUAAAAAAGCUUCAAGCUUAUCAAAUGUUUCAUCAAUAUCAUCUCAAUCAAAAAAACCAUCAUCAUCACCUUCUUUAACUUCCAAAAGAGUUGAAAGUAAAGAAUCAACUCCAAAAAUUUCAUCACCUGAGAAAUCUAUAAAUAAACCAAGUACCGUGAAAACUUCAACAACAGCAUCAAAUAAAACCCAGUCAAAAUCACCAUCUCCAACUCCAAUAGAGAAGAAAUCAACUAAAAAAGAUGAUGAUUCCAAAUCAACUAUCGCUUCACGUUCUAAACCAACAACAUCAAAAUCAGAAAUUAAAAAACCCACACAACAAUCAUCAAAACCAUCAUCAAAACCUUCUUCAACAUUACAAAAACCUCAAUCACAAUUCAAACCAUUACCAAAUCAAGUAUCAUCUAAAAAACCACCAUCUGCAGUUCCAACACCAACUAUUCAACAAGAUGAACCUUCAGAUGAUGAUGAAUUUGGUUCAUUAGUUGAUGAAUUAGAAGAAGAAUUAAUAAGUGAUGAAGAUGAUGAUGAAGAUAAUAAUGGAUUUAUAACAAUUGAAGAAGGUAAUUCUCAAUCAAAAUCAAUUUCAAAACCUACGUUUAAUUUUGGUAUAACAAAUGGUUCAGGUCCAAGAAGUUUUAGAGAUAUUGCUGGGGUAAAUUCAAAAGAUGAAGAUGAUUUAAGUAGUAGUGAAGAGGAAUGA